UCGCCUUCAUCUCUCUCUUUCUCAGAGAGCUGGUCAGCUUCAGACGCCAAAGCAUGACCACCGUAGCUACUGCUCUUGCUCUCUCAUUGCCAAUCUCUCUUUGUAGACCAUCCAAGCUUAACACCAAGAAGGGUGUCAAAGGAGGUUUAAGGGUGUUUGCUGUGUUUGGUGAAGAAGGAGGGAUAGAGAAGAGAAGUUCUUGGGGACCGCUGUUUGAUGUGGAAGAUCCGAGGUCGAAGUUGCCGCAGUGCGAAGGGAAGUUCUUGGAUGUGAACCAAGCCCUGGAGGUGGCUAGACUCGAUAUUCAAUACUGUGAUUGGAGGGCUCGACAAGAUGUGCUCACAAUCAUGCUCCUUCACGAAAAGGUUGUAGAAGUUCUAAAUCCUCUAGCCCGGGAUUUUAAGUCCAUUGGCACGAUGAAGAAGGAUCUUGCGGAGUUGCAGGAUGAAUUAACACAAGCUCACAGACAGGUUCACAUAUCUGAAGCAAGAGUUGCAACUGCUUUAGAUAAACUAGCUUACAUGGAAGAAUUGGUGAAUGAUAGGCUGUUACAAGACAGAAAUGCGACAGCAUUAGAACAAACAUCCCCAUCUCCGAGUACAUCUACACAAGCCACCAAUGUCAUGCAGAGGCGGUUGCCACGUAAAAGCUUGAACGUGUCAGGUCCAGUUCAACCUUACCAUCCCCGCUUGAUGAAUUUCUGGUAUCCUGUUGCUUUCUCCGCUGAUCUGAAGGAUGAUACCAUGGUUCCAAUUGAUUGUUUUGAGGAACAAUGGGUUAUCUUCCGUGGAAAAGAUGGGAAACCAGGAUGUGUCCGAAACACCUGUGCACAUAGAGCAUGCCCUCUUCACCUGGGUUCAGUAAAUGAGGGUCGCAUCCAAUGUCCCUACCAUGGAUGGGAGUACUCAACUGAUGGAAAAUGUGAGAAAAUGCCAUCUACACGAUUACUUGAUGUGAAGAUAAAGUCAUUGCCAUGUUUUGAGCAAGAGGGGAUGAUCUGGAUUUGGCCAGGCAAUGACCCUCCAACAGCCACCCUUCCUUCUUUACAACCUCCCCCAGGAUUCCAAGUCCAUGCUGAGAUUGUCAUGGAGCUUCCAGUGGAACAUGGGCUACUUCUAGAUAAUCUUUUGGAUCUUGCGCAUGCCCCUUUUACUCACACUUCUACCUUUGCAAAGGGAUGGAGUGUUCCCAGCUUGGUGAAAUUUUUGACACCUGCAUCUGGCCUCCAAGGAUAUUGGGACCCCUAUCCAAUAGAUAUGGAAUUUCGGCCACCUUGUAUGGUGCUAUCAACCAUAGGGAUAUCAAAGCCUGGAAAACUUGGAGGCCGGAGUACCGACCAGUGUCCAACACACCUUCACCAACUUCAUGUGUGCUUACCUUCAUCCAGGCAGAAAACAAGGCUAUUAUACAGAAUGUCACUUGAUUUUGCUCCCCUGCUUAAGCACAUUCCUUUCAUGCAGUACCUGUGGAGGCAUUUCGCGGAACAGGUCUUGAAUGAGGAUCUGCGGCUUGUUCUUGGCCAGCAAGAGCGCAUGAUCAACGGCGCAAAUGUCUGGAAUUGGCCGGUGUCCUAUGACAAGCUCGGGGUCAGGUACAGGCUAUGGAGAAAUGCUGUGGAACAAGGAGCUAAGCAACUACCAUUCGAAAAACAAAUGUAGAAUCAGAUUUGUUGAUGGAUCUUAUGGCUUGUGUUGAUGCUGCUAUGGAACUCGAUCUGCUGGUUCCACAGAAAUCUCAGUGCAGAGAGUUGCAAGAUGAGCAUUGAAUAGCUGACGGUUUUGUUGCAGUUUCACAUGCCUUUGCUCUCUCAAAAAUCCAUCCCCAUUGCGGAAAUUGUUAAUGAUCAGAGGCAGAGAAUAAACCGUUUACACUUAGAAACCCUUGUAAACUACCAGAAACUGUUUUUUUCCCCUUACGUGUGUACAGCCAUCCAUAUUUUUUUCUUCUUCAUCACCACUUGUUGGAGUGAUGAAGAUUGCUUUCUUCUGGCCUCAAGUCUGCGAUAAGCCUCUUAACCAGUAAUCUGGAAUAUUAGUGUUUUGAUAGUACAUUGCUUUGUCCCAAUGAAAAUUCAACAUCUC